UAGCAUUAGCAGAGCGAGGGAGGGCAGGGGAGGGCAGGGUGGUGGGGGCCGGGCCGGAGGGGAGUUUGUGGUGGUGACGGACAGACUAGCGUAGAAAGUCAGAAGAGGAGGAGGGAGGAGGUACUGAAGGAGCAACGAAGGUCUGAUUGCCACUCGGUUUGGGUUGUCGGACGCCGAUUUUGCGCUACGCCGACGGGAGUAGCAGGAACUGUGGUGGACGAGCAACAGGAAAGAAAGGAAAGAAAGGAAAGGGAAGGGAAGGACAGGAAGCGAAGGGAAGUGAACAGAGGAGAGGAAAGCGAACGAAAGCGUAGGUAUUGUGUAUUUUAGCUAAUCUCCUGUUUUUGCUCUUCGCACCUUGUCCCGUGAGAGAGAAAGAAGCGUUUGGUAUUCCUGUCUGCUGAAGGAAGCAGUGUUGAGGCAGCGGAGGUCCCUGGCCAAACAGCUUCGGCAUCCAUCCAUUUGUCCUCCCUUGACCUCGUUCUCCAUCUUCACCUGGGUGCUGUCAACAGCCUGCCUUUCGAGACUGCUUCUGUGUGUGGGUGCGUGGGUGGGUGGCUCGCUGGACGGAGGCUGCGGUGGUGGAAGCAGACGUAUACCUUCUUCGAUAUUGGUCGGUGUGAUCCACAUGAGUCGUGUACAGAUGUAGGUGAAGGAAGAUUUGCAGUGGGCGCGCUUUGAAGGAUCUGCUAGUGGAUUACAGAGGUGGGAAUGGUCACGAGGGAACUCGGAGUUCUGAUGGACGCUAAAGGGUUGCGCAGGAAUAUGGGCUGUUCUGAAGUUCAGAAGAGCUUAGAUUGAUUGAAGAGCUUCGAUUACAGGAACAUCAGCUGGAAAAAUUGUCCGGUGAAACCCGUCGUUUUGAUCUUUUUGAUUACUUUCGGAGACCGUGGAUAAACGAGGGGAAGAGUUUGCUGCCCGCGGUGGUUCAGAAUGAGUGGACCGCGGGGUGUGUGUCUGACGACGGAGAACUAAGGACAGUGGCAAUGCGAGGGUAAUGCAUGAAAGAAUGCUGUUACCUAGUUUUGUAUCUUGGUUACUGUAUUCUAGAUCGGGUGGCAGAGGACGGUGGUAUGCUGGAGACAUUGGAGGUGACGUCGUGGUACAGAAGUAAGACUGAUGGCAGCGCCAAAUUCUCAGUCUCCCAGUGUAAGGACCCAUUUCAAGACUCCGGAAGGCCGUUACAAGUUAUCUCAUGAAAAAACACAUCCCUCAAGUGUCCUUCAUUACAGCCACGGAAAGGCUAUCACGCAGGUCACUUUGGCUCAUUUGAAAGAUAAACCACCUCAAACUCCCUCGACCAGCAGUUCUUCCAGCAGCAGUGGCGGUGUCGGAGCUAGGUUUUCAGCUGCAAGGUUGUUAGGGACUGGUAAUGGAGGAAGUAGACUUAAUUUUGGCGGGGGCAAUGGGUUUUCAGGCAGGCUCACGGGUGGGGGCAAGUCCACCACAGUUUCUAGUGCAGGUAUGGGCCUUAGCAAUGGUCCUUUAGCUUCAAGCUACGAUGGAGAGGGCACUUUCUUGAUUUUUAACGUGGGCGAUGCUCUUUUUGUGAGCGAUUAUGUCUCUCAAGAUAAGGACCCAAUCAAAUGUCUUCAUUUCAGCAAUGCAAAUCCAGUUAGUCACACUUAUGAUCCGGAUGCGAAAGAUGGCCAUGACUUGCUUAUUGGUUUGACUUCUGGAGACGUAUAUUCUGCAUCCUUGAGACAGCAACUACAGGACUCAGGAAAGAAGUUAGUAGGAGCAUUGCAUUACAACAAAGAUGGUGCGAUUAACCCCAGCCGUUGCACCUCUGUGGCCUGGGUACCUCACGGUGAUGGGUUUUUUGUAGUAGCUCAUGCAGAUGGAAAUGUCUACAUCUACGACAAAAACAAAGAUGGGAGUGGAGAUGUGCCAUUUCCACCAGUCAAGGAUCAGGCUCAGUUCUCAGUUGCACAUGCAAGGUCCAGUAAGAGCAAUCCCAUUGCAAGAUGGCACAUCUGUCAGGGUUCCAUCAACGAAAUCGCCUUCUCACCGAAUGGAUUAUAUCUUGCUACAGUUGGCAGAGACGGAUAUUUAAGAGUCUUUGACUAUGCCAAGGAGCAGUUAGCAUGUGGCAGCAAGAGCUAUUUUGGGGCUCUCCUAUGUUGCGCGUGGAGCCCGGAUGGCAAGUACGUGUUGACAGGGGGAGAAGACGACCUGGUUCAAGUUUGGAGCAUGGAGGAUCAACGUGUAGUGGCCUGGGGCGAGGGUCACAAUUCUUGGGUUAGUGCGGUUGCCUUCGAUGCUCACUGGAUAGCACCUCCUUCAGAUGAGUCUGGUGAAUCGGUGACUUACCGAUUCGGUUCCGUUGGACAGGAUACCCAGUUGCUUCUUUGGGAUCUAGCUAUGGAUGAAGUAGUGGUACCCCUGCGCAGACUCGGGGGUACACUGUCAGGAUCACCAGCAUUCAGGGAAGGAGGAGCACUGUCAGGCCGGUGGGACGGUGUGCAACCUGUAGGAAUCCUCCAUCCUGCUCCUGUUCGCAAGGAGGUGCCGAAGCUUGCGCCUGUAAUGGCACACCGGGUGCAUGCUGAACCGCUUUCAAGCUUGAUUUUUACGAAAGAUGCCAUUUUGACUGCUUGUCAUGAAGGGCAUGUGAAGAUAUGGGAUAGGCCUACUCAAGGGGAUAGCCCUGCAAGGAACUCGGAUACUGCUGAUGCAAGCUCCAAAGAGAAGCAACCGCCAGUCAAGAGUGGCCUGUCACAAUUCAAACAAUGAUGAUUGCUUUGUUGAGUGCCCUCCUUUGAAUCUCCUCGCCUCUCCACUCCAUUUAGCGUAUUGCUGGGCUGGAGCUGAUGAAAAAAUGUAUCAUGACUGGAAAAGGCUUUCUCCAUUCUUUGCGUUACAAUGUCGUUAAUAUUAUGGUUAGUGAGUAGAUUUGCUAACCUACUCUUAACUUAAUAGAGUACAACAGCACAGCCUCAACGUUGUCAAAUUUGAAUGUAGAUCAAAGCUUUCAUUAUCAUAGCUCUUAGGUUUAUCUUCUUUGGUUUAGCAUAAAUCUUCCAUUGUUCUUUGUUAUGGCGAUUGUGAUGCUCCUUAUUAAAAUCAAAAGUAAGGUGGUGUCAGAUUCAACCAGUCCCCGAUUUUAACUCCAUGUACUUUCUUGGCCCUAUGUGAUCAACAUAUGAGGGAGUGA